ACACGAUUCUCGGUUUUAAAAACGUCACAAUACACACAUUUUUUCGUUCUGUUAUAAGUGAUUUAUAUAUUAUUUGUUUUUAUUUUCAUUCUUUAUUAUUUUUGUUUCUUCUCUUCUUUUUUUCACCUCUGCAUAUAUAUCGGAGUGUUGGUUUUUCAGUGUGCAUAGAUAAGACUGUUUGUUGAACAAUGGAUGAAAUGAAAUCGAAUUUAUUAACACCUGAAAUACUUGAAGAAUGUUUGAAUAAAGAGACUUGCUUCAAUGUGAUCAAGCACAAUCGUGACAUAACAUUGAGUUUAAACAGUGGCGAUGAAAAUAAAAAUAAUUCCAAAUAUAUCGCUGAUCAAACACCGACUCCGACCACUCGUUUGAUACGAAACUGUGAAGAAUUCGGUCUAUUUGACGAUUUAAAGCAUGUAAAUCCAUUCGAAGAAACAUUUCGUCAGGCCAUUGAUGACAAAACAAAACGACCCAGUGUCUUACUCACUACACAAAAAUCACACGAAAUCAUAAAAUGCAAUGACGAAGACACGCUUCAUACACCGCACAUCAUUCCCUACAAUACAAUCGAUUGCAAUGAUGAUGAUAAACGUAAAAAUGAUCCAGAUGCAUUAAGAACUAAAGAAACGAAUACAAAUAAACAACCAGUUGUGAUACCAGUGAUAGUUUCAAAUGACUCCGUAACGUCUAGUUCAAUUAUUGUGUCAACCAAUGAAAUUGUCACCAACACCACCACAACAGUGGUUGACAAUAAGGAGAGUUUGGAACAAAUUACAGGGAAAAUUAAAAUUAUCGAAAACGAUGAGAUCGCACAAAAAGUGUUUCGAAAAAUUUGUCCAAAACCAACCGUUGUGCCAUUAGUAACUAACGUAUCGAAUCCAAUAAAAGAAAAAAUUCGCAAAUCACUCAUGAAAUUGCGAACAACACGAAACAAUGAUAAUAAUGAAUUCGAUGCUAAAGUUCCAGCCACUGUUAAAACUCACAUUUCCACAGCAAAAGAAUCACAUGUCAAAGAUAUUCCCAAGGAAGAGAUAAAACGACAAGUAUUGAAGCGUGGCACCAUUUUACACGAUAAUUCGAUCAACGAACGUAAUCGUGAAGCAGCCAAACGAUAUCGAAACAAGCAAAAAAUGCGCCAUGAUGCAUUGAUCGAACGGAAUGCACAAUUGGAAGCCGAAAAUAGUAUACUCAAAAAGCAAUUGCAAGCGCUUAAAAAGGCCCAUGAAAAUUGUUCAGUGAGCCGUCUCUAUGACAUAUAAUUUGGAUUUUUUUUUAUUGAUCCAGUAUUUCCUCUUUUUGACUCACUAGCCAACGAUAGUAUUUUUUUUUAUGUUUAAAGCCGACUUUAAAUGACAAUACUCAUUACUUAUACUAUAUUAAAUUGAUGUA